AUGCCGCCCAGGACGAGAGCGGGGGUUCAAAGCCAGAAACAAAAAGAAAAGCAGCUUGCGAACUCUUACAAUGAACUACUCGAAGAGUUCUCGUCCAAGGAUCUUCGGAGCGUGGGAAAUUACAUUUUAGGGAGAUUGAUUGGAAAGGGAUCUUUUGGAAAGGUGUACCUCGCGUCGCACAAGCUCACAAAUGGCUCCAAGGUGGUUCUCAAGUCCUCUAGCAAAGAGGACACAAAUUUGGCACGCGAGAUCCAUCAUCAUCGUCAAUUCCUUCAUCCCCAUAUCGCACGGCUCUACGAGGUGGUUGUGACGGAAAGUCUGGUGUGGCUGGUGCUGGAAUAUUGUCCUGGUAUACUUGAUCGGUCUUGGUGUGACGAACUUUACAAUUACCUUCUGCACCACGGUCCAUUACCAGUCGAUAAAGUGAAACGGAUAUUCACACAGCUCGUCGGGGCGGUGGCUUACGUCCACAGCAAGUCUUGUGUACAUCGGGAUCUCAAACUGGAAAAUAUCUUGCUCGACAAACAGGAGAACGUCAAACUCUGUGACUUUGGAUUUACGCGCGAAUAUGAGGGCAAAUCGAGUUAUCUACAAACUUUCUGUGGGACAAUAUGCUACAGUGCCCCGGAAAUGCUAAAGGGAGAGAAAUACGCCGGUGAAAAGGUGGAUGUGUGGAGCUUGGGUAUUAUUCUCUAUGCGCUACUUGCCGGCGAGCUACCCUACGAUGACGACGAUGAUCAGGUCACCAAGAAUCGUAUUCUAUCCGAUGAACCUAUCUAUAACACCAAAUUCCCCGAAGAUGCCAAGGCACUUAUCAACCUUCUUUUGUCAAAACGUCCAUUGAUCCGGCCCAGCCUCGAAGAGAUCCUCGCCCAUCCGUUCCUCGCAGAGCAUGCUCCCGAGCAACUUGCCAUUCUCAAGAUCCCACGGCCCUCACCUUUCACGACCCCACUUGAAAAAACGACUUUACAGCGGAUGAAAAGUGCCGGAGUCAACAUCGAUGAGAUCAUUGAGAAUGUCCUGGCACAGCGAUGCGAUCCUUUGGCCGGAUGGUGGGCAUUAUUGAUCGAAAAGGAACAGCGGAAAGAACAAAAACGUGAGCGCAAGCGUCGCGAACGAGAAGCCGAGGCUAAGAAUCUACGUCGUUUGAGUGCUGCUAGUAGCCGGUUUGAGAAACUUUCCUCAGCCUUGGUGGAGGUGGAUGAAGAGGGUCAGGGUAAUUCAGGAAGUCAGUUAUCAGAUCGAGGGCGUCGUGACAGACGGAGUCUACCUUCUCAGCUAGCUGUCCCGGAACUUCCGGCGCUGCCUGAACCACUACCUGUACAGACACCUGAACUAAAGAGUGCUCCUCCAACGCCUCUGGAUAAAGAUUCUAUACAUUCGUCGACCUCAACGCGACGACGUCCGGUUCCCCCACCAAAAGAUAAAAGAAGAUCUCGUCCCAGCAUGCUGCACGUUAGUGCCUCACAACCGGAGCUGGCUCAGCACCAUGGCCUCUUCCGUCGUCGCACCUCUGCCACUCGACGGCACAACCCAAUUAUUAGCCAGCUCGCUUCACUGAAGCACUGGUUUGUGGAAUCGGCCAAAAGAGCGAAGUCGCCAAGUGCCAAAUCAGCUGGUUCGCGCAAAUUUACAGACAAGUUCAGCCCUGCGAAAAAUCACGACAGUAGUAAAAAGACUACUUCACUCCCGGCCUCAGUUGAACCAACUGAAGAAGUGGUCACCCCGACUCAGAUCAAACGAAUUUCGAAUGCUAGCAGUCUAGCUCCUAGUAGUGCUUCCUACCGCCAGAAUAGGCAUUCCUACCCUCGGCAGCCCCGAGCAUUGAACACCGGCCAUUCAAGUAAUCGGAAUUCGCUUUCACCAUCACCAAUCACUCCCCGUGGAUCAUAUCGACGAUCAUCCGCCGGACUAAGGGGGCGCAAGUCAACGUCUUCAUCCGUCUCCUCCAUCCGCAGUAUUCAUCAUACUCGUGCUCAUUCCAAGGCUUCGUCGAUCUCAUCCAAUAGCAUUGACACGAUUGCCACACCCACUGCCCGAAUCGCCAAAUCUCCUCACUCAUCACUUAAAGUUUUGCCCACCACGCCUGGUCCCUCCGCUCGUUUCCCUAGCAAUAUUCGAUUGGUCCGCGGCUCUGGUGGCCCGCCUAGAGAGUUCGGCGAGCAUCUAGUCCCAGGAGCGUCGAGUUUCAAUGAAAUAGCGCCUGCGCCGUUACUCUACUCCCCCUCAUCAAGCCUAGUCUUCGCGCGGCGAAAGAGGUCUGCUUUCAAGGGUCCCAUGCUUCAUACAUCGAAUCUCAUGGGAUCUGGUGGAAUAAUCCGCUCGCCAGCUCCUGGUCAGUCUGAGGUCCCAGGCGAACCAAGUCAUGUCGCAGGCAGACCGGUCGCUCGCAAGAGUCAGAUCAUUGAAGAAGAAGAUGAUGAGGAAAUCGAAGAAGUCGACGACUUUGAUGGCCCAGAAGAGGAAACCGGUGAACCAACGCAUUUAAUUCACGAGGAUGAUCCUGAUACAGAUACUAUCAAAGAUUCCACCGAUCAGGUCGAGGAGACUGGUUCUCCCGUAUCAAUCCGCAAGCCGGCUCUUGAACCUGCCCCGGAGUUGGAAUCUAGUCCAAUUAUGCCCGAACGCUCAUCUUCAUUACGCUCACCACCACCGGAAGCCGCAGCAGCAAUUGCUAUGGUAACUGGUAGCGUUGACCUGUCACAAUAUGAGACUGUGACCAUCGCGAACGCCGAUGCCGCUGGCGACGCGGCUUCUCAGCAUGUUGCGUCUCCUCCUCAAUAA